UGGUCUCGCGGUUGCAGUCAAGGCUCUCGCGCGUCAUGUUUCGGGAGACCACCGCCAACAGAGCCUCUCUGCAGCGAUCUGGAGGCGGAGCGGGGGCGAUGGUGAAAGGGAUCGAUCCGAGGCUGAUGCAAACCGUCCCUCUCUCGAAGCAGGACACCAAGGGCAACUCGUUCCUCCGCCUUUGUAACCUGCUCAGCUGGUCCACCAUUCUUGCAGCAACCUUCGCUGUGGUUCUGGACGUGAUACUGCUGCUGGUUGUCGGGAUCGAGGGUGCAGAGGCCACCUUGCACUGCUUUGGGAUCCUGAUGGCUCUGUCGAUCAUUCUGGCGGAACGGGAGGUGGUGUUGCUGCUGAGAUACUGUGCCUUCCUGGAGUCUUGGGUACUCAAGGGAUUCUUCAUCUCUUUCGUGGGGACGUUGCUCUUGGGCUUCGAGCACGGCGGAAUUUUGCUGGACUUGUGGAGAAGGAUAGGGGGUUUCAUCCUCAUCGCUGCUGGAGUGCUGUACGUGAUGUUGGGCGCGCUCUGCUUCCGUCAGCUGCGGAGCUACCAGCUGGGAAAAAUCAGGCGAAAAAAGAUGAUGAGACAGGAGCUCUUGUCUCUAAGCACGCAGAAGGAGCAGAUCGAGAAGCUCUUGGCCGACACGGAAUCAAAGCUGGAGCUCUUGUGAAGCCGGACGCUAGCACGAGGGACCGGCCGGCUCUCCUCGCGCCCCCCGAAACCAUUCGGACAGCAUCUUGAGUCCAAAAAAGGAGAUAGAGAAAAGAGAGAAGUGAUACAAUACAUUGCACGGAGGACACAGAACCCCUGCUGUCCACCGCUACUGUAGUAUUGUGGUACCACCACCCACAGACGCCCCGUGCCCCCAGUAAUGAGUGAUUUCGGACGGUUGUCUACUGUUUUUUGGUGCGGUGACGGGGUAGGCGUGUGACUAGCAGGGUUUGGAGAACGAGAAAGAGAGCGAGAGGGCCGAGAGAGAGGAAGCAAUACCAUGUGAUUUCAUUUUUUGUUGGUGUGUUUUUACUGACCCUCUCUCUGUGCCAGAGAAGUAUUAUAGCGGGAUCGCUCAUCCCAGGGGGUGGGAUUACCUCUGGGAAUGUUGGGCGGAUGCGCGCGGUGAUGGCAGUGGUUUCAACGAAGGUUUUAUCAUAUCGCGUUGCGUGCGUGUUUUGGUGCGGCGAAGUUACGUGUGUGGUGUUGGGAAAGGACGCCUGCUGUGUGUACAGUUCUUGCUUUGAGACUUUUCCGACUCGACCGAAGUUGUUUCAAGUGUGUGCGUGCACACCAACUCUCGCCGUAGUCGCUGUCGCUCGCACGCGCCCAGCCUCAAGUAGCACUCGCUCUCUCUGCCUCCCGUAGUUGUUGGUUCGUCUUGCGAAACGAUAACGGUUGGAAUGACUCGAAACCGUAAGGUAAGCAUCAGUGGGGGGGGGAGGAAGACGGAGAUAAGUGAGUCCUGUUGUUUUCUCCGUCUCGUGUCGUAUUUGUCGUGUUGUAAGGAAGGGCUGCUGUACGCUCGAUCUACAUACAUUCCAGUGUUUGUUGUGAAAUUCUUCCAAGUACGUCGAUUGUUUUUCCUUGUGUAACUGUACGCAAGGGAGUGCAGCAUGUACGCCACCAAGUGUGGAGGGAGCGGGUUCAGUGUGUGUCGUGUGCCCUUAGGCGGUGGUUUUUAACGUAUACCCGAUGUUUGCUUGUGGUUUUGGUGGUGGUUCUGUCGAUUCUUGUGACGUAAGGUCUCUGUAUUAUGGUAUAUUUUCUCCAUCUCUACCUCCUCUGUCGCUGUUCAUGGAGGGUAUGCAUAAAUGAAAACGACAUCGUUGUC